AUGGAUAAAGUGUUUGAGGCGUUGUUCGAAAUAAAUGCCAUCACUCCAGAACCCAUAAACACAAAAGAAUUGGGUCAUGAUCUCACUCAUUCUUGCAAAUUUCAUAUGGGGGCAGUUGGGCAUUCCAUUCAAAAUUGUAAUGGCUUUCUUCAUAAGUUGCAAGAAUUGAUGGAUUUGUCGGUAAUUGAGUUUUAUGAAGAAGGCGAAGAGGAUUUGGUCAGAACCAUAAAUGAAGACACCCCAACUGAAGUGGCAUCAAGUUUAUUUGGGGUGAACAAACCUAAACCUCUCACCAUCUUUUAUGAAGAAAACAGGAGUCCGAUGAAUGACACAUCCCCUACUGUUGUCGGCAGUGGCAUCACUAUUGAAAUUCCCAGCCCGUUCUCGUAUAAGAGUGAGAAGGCUGUUCCUUGGAAUUACGAAUGUAAUAUCCUAGGUAUGGCCCCUCUUACUUCCCAAGUAUCUUCUACAGAUCUAACUAGCAUAGGAGGUAUAACACGAAGUGGACAGUGUUAUUCUCCUGAGAUACUAGAAAAGGUUGAAAAAGAAAAAUCAAAUCAAGGAGCAGAUCUGAAAGAAGCAAGUACCUUCUUCAAGGACCAAACAACCAAACCUCCUGUCGCUCUAAACAAUGAGGUUCAAAGGCUUGUUACGGAAAAAGAAGUAGGUGAAUUUCUCAAAUUUAUCAAACACGGUGAGUAUAGUGUGGUGGAGCAAUUAACAAGAAUGCCUGCUCGCAUCUCGCUGUUAUCUUUGCUCUUGAACUCGAAAGCACACAGGAAUGCGCUACUCAAGGUUUUGAAUCAAGCUUACGUGGCUCAUGAUAUAUCGGUGAAAAAGUUAGACCAUAUCGUGGGAAACAUUACAAUGGGGAACUUCGUUGCCUUUAAUGACGAGGAAAUUCCAUCGAGUGGUCGGGGAAGUAACAAAGCUCUACACAUUACCAUCAAAUGCAAGGACCACGCUAUGCCCAGGGUCUUGAUCGACAAUGGCUCAGCUUUAAAUGUCAUGCCUCGUUCUACCUUAACCAAGUUGCCUGUAGAUAUGUCUUAUAUGAGAACCAGCCACAUGGUUGUAAGGGCUUUCGACGGAACAACAAGGGAAGUGGUAGGGGACAUUGAACUACAGAUAAAAGUUGGCCCUUGUAUUUUUGAGGUCCAAUUCCAAGUCAUGGACAUCGCCCUGUCUUACAAUUGCUUACUAGAGCGUCCAUGGAAUCAUAUUGCAGGAGCCAUACCAUCUUGCCUUCAUCAAAAGGUUAAAUUCAUAGCUGAGGGCCAACUGAUAAGUGUAUCUACGGAGGAAGACAUACUGGCUAUUCAACCCACAUCUACUCCCUAUGUAGAGGCGGUAGAAGAAGUCCCAGAAUGCUCUUUUAGAUAUUUUGAAUUCAUUAAUGCUACUUAUGUGGAAGAAAGAGAAGUGAUACCGACUCCUCGUUUGUUAGUAGCAACUAAAAUGGGGGUUAAGCAGAUAGUGGGAAAAGGAUGCCGUGUUAGUUUAGGGCUAGGAAAGAAUUUACAAGGAAUUAAUUGUCCCUUGACUCCAAUCAAGAAUGAGGAAAGGUUUGGUUUAGGGUAUAAACCUACCAAAGAAGAGAGAAAGAAAUUGGUAGCCCAAAAGAAGAUUAAGAGGAUGGUUCAGCUUCAGGGAAAGGAAAAAGAAUUUCAGAAAAGGAAAAUUUCGCACCUAUAUGAGACUUUUCGCUCCGCAGGUUACAUUCAUCCCGAAACACCAACAAAGGUCAAUCAGGUUCUGCAGAUGUUUGAUGAGCAAUCAAUCCAUAUGAUCAAAGAUGAAGAACCUAACGAGAAGGUCCCCGCUGUGUAUCCAGAGGAAAGGGAAAUUUUACCUCAUCAAGAGCUCACAGAAAUGAUUAACCUUGGAAAUGGGGAAAAAAAGAAAGAGGACAUGCCAGGUCUUAAUACUGACAUUGUUGUCCAUAAGUUACCUUUGAGCCCAGAUUGCAAGCCUAUUAAACAGAAAUUGAGAAGGAUGAAGCCAGAUAUGUUGCUAAAGAUUAAAGAAGAAGUAAAAAAGGAUUUGAACAGGGCGAGUCUGAAGGAUAGCUUCCAUUUGUCGCAUAUCGAUACCCUUGUGGACAAUACAACAAAACAUGCUCUAUUCUUAUUUAUGGAUGGUUUUUCAGGGUACAAUCAGAUUAAGAUGGCACCUGAAGAUAUGGAAAAAAGAACGUUUGUAACCAUGUGGGGAACGUUUUGUUACAAAGUAAUGCCAUUUGGAUUAAAGAAUGCAGGUGCCACCUACCAAAGGGCAAUGGUGACUUUGUUCCACGAUAUGAUGCAUAAAGAGAUAGAGGUAUAUGUGGAUGACAUGAUUGCAAAAUCUUGUACAGAAAGAGAUCAUACUGUCAAUCUCAAGAAGCUGUUCGAGAGAUUGCGAAAGUUUCAGCUCAAGUUGAAUCCUACAAAAUGUACUUUUGGUGUUACUUCUGGGAAAUUGUUAGGGUUCGUAGUAAGUGAAAAAGGAAUUGAAGUGGACUCGGAUAAAAUACGAGCUAUUCAAGAGUUGCCACCUUCUAAAAUACAGAAAGAAGUGAGAGGAUUUUUAGGGAGGUUGAAUUACAUUGCUCGAUUUAUAUCCCAACUCAUUUGCAAAUGGGAUCCAAUAUUCAAGCUGCUUCGGAAACGAGAACUAGGAGAGUGGAAUUAA